CGGGAAAACAGUUUAAAUAUUUCUCGCAGUAAAUACCUUCCUGACAAAUCAUGGACAGUGAUACACAGGCGUCUCUCUGGGAGACGAAAGGCGUGAGUUCGACGGCGCUUAUUCAAGAUAGGAUGAUUGACGAGGAUGAUCACGCUGGAGAUAUGUCAGUAGAUCCUUCUCUUUUAUCGCUGAGACAGCAUCCAGCGGAGUUUGGUGUUGAGUUUGGCAGUGCUGGUGAGGUGUUGGGCACCGAGAGAGUUAGACCGCCCAUACCACGGAGAUCAGUGGAGGAUACGCAGAGUGAAGCUGUUGUCUCAGCUAUAAAAGCUCUACAAGACAAAAUCCGGAGACUUGAAAUGGAGAGAACACGAGCUGCUGACAGAUUCAAGCAGCUUGAGCACGACGUAGAAGAAUACCAGUCGAAGUCACACCACAGACAUCUUUCUCAUCAGCAACAAGAGACGACACUAGAGAGAGACAAAGAAGUUGUGGAAGACCAGCUACAUGCAGCCGAAUCUCGCUGUCAGUUGCUUGAAAAGCAGCUUGAUUACAUGCGGAAAAUGGUACAUAAUGCCGAGUCAGAUCGAAAUCAAGCUUUAGAACGGACAAGACUGCUUGAGCAGCAGUCAGCCAGACAACAGAAAAAGAGUGUGGGAAUUGAUCAAGAUAAGCUGGAUGGACUAGAAAGACAACACGUGAAACUUUCGGCUUCCCAAGCUCUCACCGAAAGUCGAAUUCGAGAUUUGGAAGGGAAGCUGGAAGAGGAGAGACACAAACGGAAAUUAUUACAGGAUUAUGCUGCAAAGCUACAGACGGAUGCCAAAACAGCCAGGAUCUUGACGUCUGCAAGUUGCAGUCGAGACAAGCAGCACAGAACAAGAACGAAAUCAAAGAGCAAGAAGGAAAGAUCUCAUAAGAUCUCUAAGUCUGCUUCUAAAGUUGUAACAGUGAAGACUGACGUCCAAACUAAAUGCCAUCAUAUCGGCUCUCCUGGAGUUCCAUUUGUCGUCGGCACGUCUACGACUCCUUCUCACUCGGUUAGUGGCAACAUUCAGCAGGCUCUAGCGCUCAUGAAACACUACAACCCUGCUAUAAGGAGUCGUGUAAGCGUCGAGCAACCAGAUUUGGACAGAAAACAUCCGAGUGUUAGGAGUCAGAGAAAGCCGAUCCAAGUGACUGCAUCUGAACUAUCGGUCGUUAUAGCCGACUUGACUGAUGAGUUUGGGGCGUUGCAGCAUGAAUACAAUGAAUUGGCCAGGAAGAUCCAAGAUCAUGAUGAUUCUGACAGCUCUCACUCUCGUCUUGACCAUUUGCAGCAGUGUAUGGACGACGUUGUAUCUCGCAUGGAAUCCAAGAGCCACAGCAUCCAGCUACUCAAACAACACAAACAGCAACUUCGUCGCCAAACCAAAAACCAAUGGCAAGAAGAAGAAGUAGAAGACCAAAGAUCAAAAUCUCUGAAACGUACGGUAACACUAGAUGGUCCUGGCGAAGUCAGAGUUGUGACGACUGUCAAGUCGGACAAUGACAAAAUGGAUCCACGUGUAGCCAACCCAAAGCGGAAUUUACAGAUAUUGAAAGGUAUGAAGACGUUGCAGAGUCAGCUACAACGGGAUGAUCUCAGUUGGGACUGAC